GGCCUGGCGGCUCCCGGCGUGCCCCGCGGUUGUUGCAGUGUCACGGCGGCCCGGCGCGCCCGGCCAUGAAGCAGGACGGCGCGUCCCGCCGCCGCGGCGACAAGGCCAAGGCCCCCCCCGACGGGCCGCCCCCCGCUCCCCCCGACGUGGAGAUGCAGGAGGAGGCGGCGGCGGCCGAAACGGCCGGAGAACGGCAGCCGCAGCGAGAGCUUGACGCUGUCACGUUGGAGGACAUCAAGGAGCACGUGAAGCAGCUGGAGAAAGCCGUGUCGGGGAAGGAGCCGCGCUACGUCCUGCGCGCCCUGCGGGCCCUGCCCUCCACCUCCCGCCGACUCAACAGCAACGUGCUGCACAAAGCCAUCCACGGCUUCUUCACUUCCAACAGCGCCGUGAGGGAUUUCCUCCUCGGCUUCCUGGAGGAGUCCAUGGACACGGAAGCUGAGCUGCAGUUUCGCCCGCGGACGGGGAAGGCGGCCUCAGCCCCUCUCCUGCCAGAAGUGGAGACCUACCUCCAGCUGCUUCUUGUCAUCUACCUGAUGAACAGCAAGCGCUACCCGGAGGCUCAGAAAGUGUCCGACGACCUGAUGCAAAAGAUCAGCUCCCAAAACCGCCGGGCCCUUGACCUGGUGGUGGCAAAAUGUUAUUACUACCACUCCCGCAUCUACGAAUUCCUGAAUAAACUCGACGUGGUCAGGAGCUUCCUGCACGCCCGGCUACGGACGGCCACGCUGCGCCACGAUGCAGACGGGCAGGCCACCCUCCUGAACCUGCUGCUGAGGAACUAUCUCCACUACAACCUCUACGACCAAGCAGAAAAACUCGUCUCCAAGUCCGUGUUUCCCGAACAAGCCAACAACAACGAGUGGGCUCGGUACCUCUAUUACACAGGGCGCAUCAAGGCCAUCCAGCUGGAGUACUCGGAGGCGCGGAGGACCAUGACGAACGCCCUGCGGAAGGCACCGCAGCACACGGCCGUCGGCUUCAAGCAGACGGUUCACAAGCUGCUCAUCGUGGUGGAGCUGCUGCUCGGGGAGAUCCCGGACCGGCUCCAGUUCAGACAACCCUCCCUCAAGCGGUCGCUCAUGCCGUACUUCCUCCUGACUCAGGCUGUCAGGACCGGGAACCUGGCCAAGUUCAACCAAGUCCUCGAUCAGUUUGGGGACAAGUUCCAGGCCGACGGCACCUACACCCUGAUCAUUCGCCUGAGGCACAACGUCAUCAAGACGGGUGUCCGUAUGAUCAGCCUCUCCUACUCUCGCAUCUCCCUGGCCGAUAUUGCUCAGAAGCUGCAGCUGGACAGUCCGGAGGAUGCGGAGUUCAUCGUCGCCAAGGCCAUCCGGGACGGCGUGAUCGAGGCCAGCAUUAAUCACGAGAAGGGCUACGUCCAGUCCAAGGAAAUGAUCGACAUCUACUCCACCCGGGAGCCCCAGCUGGCGUUUCACCAGCGCAUCUCUUUCUGCCUCGACAUCCACAACAUGUCUGUCAAGGCCAUGAGGUUCCCACCCAAAUCUUACAACAAGGACUUGGAAUCUGCAGAGGAGCGCCGGGAGCGCGAGCAGCAGGACCUGGAGUUCGCAAAGGAGAUGGCAGAGGACGAUGACGAUGGUUUUCCAUGAGCCUCUGGCCUGGCUGUAUUUUUUUAUUUGCCCCUAGGGAAGAUGCUGUCUUCAGCGGAGCUCCCCCACGCAGCCCCGGUCCCCCCCGUCUGCCUUUCUUUUAUAAAAUACCUGCAUGUCCGUACUGUGGGAGAGGGACACGGGGGUUCCCUGGGCCCGCAGCCACAGGCUCUGCUCUCCCGUCCCCCUGCCAACCACGGCGGGAACCUCCUGCCCCAGUAAAUAAACAUUAUUUUAAGGUUGCUUGUGGUCACGGUCGUUGCUGAGCCCGGCGGAGGCACAGACGAGCCCCCUGACUCGGGAGCUCCUGGGGCUGCAGAGCCGGGGGUGGGGGGCAGGAGCACGGCUCCACCGGGACCGCGGGUGCCCCCAGCUCUUGUAACAAUAACGGGGUCAAACUUUGUUAAGCUUCAAUUAUGACUUUUAAAAUAAAAGUUGAAAAAACACCA